AUGCACGCAUUAUUCAGCGCCAACCAUCUUGCAGUGGACCCAGAAUAUCGCAUCGACUCAUUCAUAGAGAAACAGAGUCUCGCCUUGGAAUCACUUGUUCACCGGGACUAUAAUGCUUUUCAAGAUGACAACCUUUUAUACGAUUUUGAACCACUCUUUGAUGGGGGCGAAGCCUCUGCAGCACCAGCCCAACUCUGCAGUUCCGUUGAACGCGAAGACGAUGCAGUACACCGGGAGGUGUCUCGGUAUCGUCACCGGCGAGAGUCUUGGGAUCUACGCCGAGACGAGAUACGCCAGCUCUAUAUUGAGAACCGGCAGACUUUGGCUACAGUGAUGCGAGCCAUGUCGUCAACGGGGUUUAUGGCAACGAAGAGACAAUAUAAGCGGCAACUCCAGAUCUGGGGCUUUAGCAAAAACGUUCGCCGUCAAGACGCUGUCCAAAUGCUCAGUCUGCGACAGCAGCGUGCACACGAAGGUAAGACCACUGAAUUCGAGAUUAGUGGUCGAACCGUGGACCUAGACAAGUAUCUCAGGCGCACACGGGCUUCCGUACAGGUGGCCACACAGCCUGAGUCUUCAGAGGUCAAGGAAAUACCCCAGUACAUCCGGCCAAGAACACCACAUCUCAGCAUCCGAAUCGCGAUAGGCGCCAGCGAUAUCCUUAGGGUCCAAGAACUCAUCCAUAUCUACUGCACAUCACUGCCCUCUUCGCAAUCGUCGCUGCUCCCUCGACCAGGCCACCCUCACGUGUCACAGAUUGGCGAGACGGUACAAGUAUUUGAACAACUGUUCAAAGCUAGUUGGUUAUUUGACGAGAAACACUACGAGGCAGCAGGAAGACUGACUCGCGAUGCGUUUCUGCGAAUAGAGAUGUUGCAUCGCGCAUCGUUUCCACAGUUUCUCCUAUUCACUAUGUACGGAUCCAUCAUAUACCCGGUGAAGAUCGACAUUCUCCUACGGCUAUGGAAAUACCUCGCGGCACGGUGCUCAUUCGUAGAAAAGAGUACCGCUGGUACCCGGCUUGCUACCUCGGUCUAUAAGCUGCUGAGCGCCAACAAUUCGGCACCUGAAGUGUACUUUAAGCUCAUUCCAGACUUGAUGGAAAGGGUCCUUGACAUCAACUUUAACCAGCAACUGCAGUCAGGCAACGGCGCCAUGUCCAUGGACCCAGCCUUUCUGCAAUGGUUGAUUAAACCCAAGAUGAACAUGGAUCUCAAGAGGACCCCCGAGACGAGGUUUCUCAUCCAACAAUGUAUCGACCGCAGCAUUCUCUACAUCAAGGAGCCGAUCUUGCGGCAGGUGUUUGAGGCAUGCGCCAGUGCGCUCGGCAUGGAGCGAUACGACCAAUGGCAGCCACCGCCCUACCGAGACCGCAAUAUCGACGGGGGCGAGGUGCCCAUGCUCGGUAUUGGCGAAUGGAUGUACUAUGCCGCGGUAGCGAGGGUGGAAAAGCGGCGGUGUCGUGAUCAGAUCUUGGUAGGGAACCCGCGCCACGACCUCGCCUGCUACUACCUCGAACGAUCCAUCAAGUUGUGGCUGAACGAGUCGCCCGCACAGCCUCACGUGAUUAGGGACCUGCGUACUCUAGAGAACUGGUGCAGGGAGGGCGGCGACUUCCUGCAGGCAGAGUCAGCUCGGCGACGAUGCGAUAAGGAAAUGGAGCGGCUAAUUAGUCCAACGCGCGUAUAG